UUGGAGGAUAUGAAGGUGGAUCAUAUGGUGCGGGCUCAGAUGGCCCAAUACCAGGCGCCUCCACCAGCCUAUAAUAUGAACCCCAUGGCUGUUGCUACGGCGCCAACGCCCGGAUACUCUCUCCCUGCUCCUACUGCACCUGGCAGCAAUGCUCAUAUGUACCCUGCUCUUGGUGACUAUAUGGGUUUGGAGCUCUCUCAAGAUGUUAUUGCUUUGAAUAUGCCCGAAUACCAGCUGCAGACAGUCCAUUCUGGAGGUGCUGUAUCUAAUCUGAUUGCCCCAAUAUCUUCACAAUCAGUGUCAUUAGCAAAGGCUACAGUCACAGGGGCUAUAAGACAGGUUGUCUUGUGCAAAGAUAAAGACGGAAGAUGUGGAUUGCGGCUUCACUCUGUGAAUAAUGGAGUGUUUGUAUGCUACGUACAAGCAGGAAGCCCUGCAGCGUUAGUUGGCCUUAGAUUCGGAGACCAGAUAUUGGAAAUUAACAAUGUUGCUCUUGCUGGGAUGACCAUGGAUCAAUGCCAUGGUCUGCUGAAGAAAGCGCCUACUAAUGGAAUUACUAUGGCUGUGAGUAAAGACAAUAAUAAUUAA